GGGCGGCGGCGGGGGGCGGGCGCCGGCACUCGCAGUUGGCCGCCGCCGCCGCCGCGCAGGAGCCGCCGCCGGGCCGGAGGCCGAGCCGCCGCCGCCAUGCCCUCGGAGAAGAGCUUCAAGCAGCGCCGCACCUUCGAGCAAAGAGUUGAAGAUGUACGACUGAUUCGAGAACAGCAUCCUACUAAAAUACCGGUGAUCAUUGAAAGGUACAAGGGGGAGAAGCAGCUUCCAGUUUUGGAUAAGACCAAGUUCCUGGUGCCAGAUCACGUCAACAUGAGCGAGCUAAUCAAAAUUAUCAGGCGACGCCUGCAGCUGAACUCCAACCAGGCGUUCUUCCUCCUGGUGAACGGACACAGCAUGGUGAGCGUUUCCACGCCCAUAUCCGAGGUGUACGAGAGCGAGAAGGACGAGGACGGGUUCCUGUACAUGGUGUACGCCUCUCAGGAGACUUUCGGAGUGCAAUCUUCCGUUUAGGACACGCGAGCGGCUUCUAGCCUAGGAUCUCGGUUUAAACUUGGCCAUCACCCCCACUCCUCCCCACACACACCCCAGGGAAAGAAACGGAUGUCACCUACGCUCUCAGUACCUUAGCAUAGUCUUGCUUUAGCAGGUGUCUUAUCUUACCUUGCCUUGUUUGUGACUAUUAAACAGUGCAGACGAGCACCUCCAGCUUUGAAACCUGCUGUAAUAUUCCACACAGGCACAUUUACAUUUCUGGACUCUCUGAAUGGAACCCAACUGUGCAUGUGACAAUUGCAAAUAAAGGGACACUCGAUUGACUUUAACAAGCAAACAGGCACCAGUGAGGAGCUGAAGUGUUUCGUGUGACAGUUUUCUGGAGAAUCUCCCCGUGAUUCCGUAAAGCUAUAUCUUUUUUUUUUCUUUUUUUUUUUUUUAAUGGGAAGGCUUCUAAUGAGAGCAAGUAUGUUUUAACGUUCCAAAGCUUUGUCUUCUGCAGCUCGAUGAGGCCGGUGUCAGUGCUGCAGUGCGUUAAGGCAAGUGCUUGGGGUGAGCUGGGGGAGUACAACUCUUUUUGUCUCCCGUUCUUUUGGCACUGCCGACUUAGGAACGGUGCCGGUUUCUGAAAUAACUCAUACCAAACACCACAGCUUUAUUGUAGUUUUAGGAAGUGUUAACUGUAAAAAAUACCCACCUGGACAGGUAACGUUGAAAUAAACUCCAGUCUGUUAUGAAGUUCCAAUGCCUGUGCGUUUCGUGAGACACUGUAUGUCCAUAGGGGCUUGCUUCCAAAAGACCACCCCCCCUAGCCCGACGGCUUGCCGUUCCCUCGCCCCGCAGAGCGUGCGGGGAGAAGGGAGCCGAGGGAGCCAGCACGGGCAGAGCGGGCUGAGGCCGGGUGAGAAGCGAGCAGUGCCUGCAACGCUCACGGCCCCGGGAUCGCCGCCCGGCCUCGCCUUCUCCAUCCGCUCAGCGGCGUCGCUGCGGUUAUCAGGCCUCUGUCGGGAGCGGGCCAAUGGCUGUUUUACACCCUCCAGCCCGACAUUGGACUCAGACGUGCUCCUGGAAUGACGAACCCUUACUGCCUAGCCAGUCUGUCACUUGUUUUGCAUGUUACCGCCGGCGGGGUCAGGGAGUUCUGCUCCUAACAGCGUUUUUUUGACGUCCGGGAGUUGCUGUUGAGAUUUGGCGAACAAAUGAUUUUAUUUUUUACCAUCGCUGAAGUCUCCUGCCACUUGCAUGGGGUAUGGAAAAGCUUGGUGUCACCCCUGCCCUGAGCAGGGAGGCAGCCUGUGCAGAGGAAAGGUGUCUGGUAGGACCUGUGUUUUCCUCUAGAGUCGUUGUCAAGUGAAGUGUUGCAGGAUGAGAUUACUCUUGUAUAUUAUGUGUCUGUGAACUAACUACAUCUGUUACUGGAAGCUAACUUACUAUAAUGGGGGAAAAAGAAGCAAUACUACUGCGUCCUGGCACUCUAGCUCAAUAAGGUGUACAAUUUGUACCUAUCUACACCUCUUUGCAUGAAUCUUGUUCACGAUGCUUACUUCAAAUUUUUUAACGUUCUUUGUGUUUUUAUUCCGGCGUAAACUUUUAAAUGCAGCUUGUUCUAUGUUUAGUUUUUGUUUGUGUAAGGAAUUGUUUAACUCAUAACUGACAAACCAUACUUGUAAUUACAACGUGAUUGACUGAUAUUCCUGUACAAAUGUUGCUUUUUUAAAAUUAAUACAGUGCUGAUAUGGAUGGAUUACAUCCCAACUUAA